AUGGCCCCCACCAAAAAGACAUUCACUAUUGGCACUCGCAGCUCCAAAUUGGCGCUGCUGCAGACCGAUCUCGUGCAAGCCGCCCUGCGUCAAGCACACCCCGACUAUGAAUUCAAAAUUCUCUCUAAAGAGACCGCGGGCGAUCUCAACACCAAGAUCGCUCUACGCGACUUCAAUGCCAAGAACUUGUGGACAGAGGAGCUAGAGGAGUUGAUGAUUGCUGGGAAGGUUGACUUCAUCGUCCACUCUCUCAAAGAUGUACCCACUCUUCUCCCCGACACUUGCACGUUGGGCCCAAUGAUGCCCCGUGAAGAUAACAGAGAUGUCCUUGUAGUAAAGCAGGGACUGCCGUACAAGUCGCUAGCGGAAAUCCCAGCGGGCUCAGUAGUUGGCACCUCCUCGAUCCGUCGCACAGCCCAACUUGCCCGCAAAUACCCCCACCUCAAGGUGCAAGACAUUCGCGGGAAUAUUGGCACUCGCCUCGCAAAGCUGGAUGCAGAGGAUAGUCCCUACGCCUGUGCAAUCCUAGCCGCGGCAGGCCUCCUGCGUCUGGAAUUGGCCGACCGUAUUACACAGUACCUCGAUUCGAAGAACGCUGGCAUGCUCUAUGCGGUUGGACAAGGCGCCCUGGGAAUUGAGAUUCGUAAGGAAGACACCGAUAUCAAAGAAAUGCUGGACCAAAUUGGGCAUCAGGAGACUACCUUCUCUUGUCUCGCUGAGCGAAGCCUGUUGCGCACCCUUGAAGGAGGCUGUAGUGCACCGCUCGGCGUGGAGUCAGAGUGGAUCCAGAGCUCAGAGGGCUCCAAAAAGCUACGCAUGCGCUCCGUGGUUGUCAGCGUAGACGGCACGAAGUGCGCGGAGGUAGAGGUCGACGGCGACGUGGAUUCUACUGAAAGCGCCGAGGCGUUUGGUAUCAAGGUGGCCGAAGCUCUAGUGGCCGAGGGCGCUGGUGAAAUCCUGGAAGAGAUCCAGCGAAACAAGCAGGCUAAAUAG